GACUGUUGAAUCAUUGACCCAAGAGGACACUGAGAGUGACCUAAUUACUUACCCAGCAUUGAUCUGUAGACAUAAUCCGCUGGUAUAAGCCCCAAUACACAGGGAUUAACUCAGACAACUGAACCCGGGCAGGAAAAGCUGGGGUAGAAUGAUAAGUAGACAUGCUGAACAACAACAAAUAAAUGUAACAAUAUGGAGGAUAUGUAUGAAUGGGUAAAUCUGUUGAGGGUGUAAGCGAACACAGUAAUCACGACAACCGGCCGCAGUCUGCACUGAGAGGACAGAAUGACAGACAUGUCUUUAACAUAAUAUGGACAUCUAUCCUAUCUAUCGUCAUGUAUGGAAAUGUAUUUCUUUUCAUAAAUUAGAUACGUUUAUAUCCAAAUAGAUUACAAUGCCUGUGUUUAACAAAUUGUUAUCCUAACUGGUUUUAAUCCCUACACAUUUCUCUGUGUUUAUAUUGACUAAGAUGGGUGCUGUGAACAGUUGUUGCAUCCCUCACCACACAGGGAGUGACUGUGGUGAAAACCAUACCAAGACACCAAAGGGUAAAGGUCACAGGCGCAAUUUAAGUGCGACCUUCAACCUGAGCUUGGUAGAAGAAGAUCCACUUCAAACUCUGAUCAAUAUUAAUUUCGCUACAGAGGAAGAGCUUAUGACACUGCCUGGAAUUAAUAGGACAACAUCACAGAGUAUUAUAGAGUAUCGAAGGCAAAUUGGAGGCUUUAAAAAAGUAGAAGAUUUAGCUCUGGUGUCUGGAGUAGGUGCUACAAAAUUAAAUGUCAUCAGGAAUGAAAUUUGUGUGUCAAAAAAAUCAACAAAUACAAGUGGAACAAGUUCAUCACGUGGAAGUUCACUGAGCAGCAGUAAACAGGACCUGUCAGUAGCACAUUUAAACAAGGAACAACCAAAAAAGGCAACAGGUGUUCUUACCCAAGUAAAUAUCAAUUCUUCCAAUGUUUUCCAAUUAAUGAAAAUAAAAGGUGUUGGACAAUCCUUAGCUGAGAAUAUUGUGGCUUACCGUGACAAAAAAGGUCCGUUUUCAACAGUCGAGGAUCUAGUCAAGGUCAAGGGUAUUGGCCCAUCAUUGUUAAGUGCAAUAAGGUAUCUAGUAACUGUUGAAGAUAACUCCCUUCCUUCAGAGGAGCGGUAUGAACCUGUGUCAGAAUUAAAUGGGGAUUUGGCAAAUAGAGUCUCUCCCCCUGAAACACGAGGUACAGGGUUAGACAAUAGUCAACCACGGCUAUUGACUGCUUCGGUAGAAAACAUCUUGGAUAUUAUAAAGCCAAUUGUGAAAAAUUCUAAAAGGCCAAAUGUAACACCAUUUUUAUUCAAGAGAAAAAAGCGGCAUGCUGUGCGAUUAGCAUCUUGGAAUAUUGAACGAUUUUCAUCAGAAAAAGCAGAUAACAUUGGUGUGAAAGAAGUUGUUUGUCUGACAAUUUUGGAGAAUGGUCUGAGUUUGGUAGCAUUCCAAGAACUGGCUGACGAAGAGGCGCUUACAAAGAUUUGUAAAGAAUUAAACAAUCCUAGCAUUCCAGGGGUGAAAAAGUUUCAAGGUCAUCGAGGUGUUUGGAAAUGUGUAGUAUCCAAGGCAGCUGGCCGAAUGUACCAGGCCACAGAAUACAAUGGCUUCCUGUUUGACACUUCACAGCAAAUUGAAAUGAAGAGUUCUGCACUCCUAGAGAAAGCCAAGAAUGUGUCCAAGCCUUUUGUGAGGAAGCCAUUUAUUGGUGUAUUUAAGAUCCGUAAGUUUGAUUGUGUAGUUGUGAGUGUACACCUGAAGGCUACUGGACUGAACAACCAGGACCUUCCCCAGCUACAGAAGGAAAUAGAUCGUGUACCGCAUGUGGUGGAGGCAAUAGAAGACCACUAUCCAGGAGAGAAGGAUAUUAUCAUGCUGGGAGAUUUCAACCUCGCACCUGACAAGGACGAUUUCACUUGCUUGCGUGACAGACACUAUUCCAAUUGUAUCCCUAAUGGCCAUUUCACUAACAUCAGCAAUAACAACCUGAAGGGCUCACAGACCUAUGACCAUAUCUGGAUCUCUGAGCAGUCCAAGGAGAUAUUCACAGGGUACUCGGGGGUGGUCAGAGAAGGACUCAGCAGUCCCUGGAUCCCAAAUGGCUGGUCGUGGGGAGGACUAAUUAGUGACCACUGUCCAGUCUGGGCCGAAUUCUACUCCAACAAAGACUUAGACACAGCAGACCUAAGUCUCAGUGCAGAAACCAUUAAAUUUGCAGUCGGAGCUGAUUGAAGUUAAUGAAAUCAUGAAUCUAGCCAAUCAGAAAGGAUGUAACAAUGACUGUUAAAUAAUAGGUGUAAGGGGGUUCAGGAUUGGACCAAGUUGACUUGUAAUUGAUUGGAAUACACAAAAAUCUGUAUUUUCGUGACUACAAAGACAUUUCUCCGUGUGUAAUACAAAAUCAGAUUAUUUAUAUAUGCAGUGGCUCAUUCUAGGAACUGACAGAAUGUGGCAGCUAAUAUGUAAAGAUUUUCUGUGGUAUGUGUUGCCUGUAUCAGAAGGAAAAGGUAGAAGCUACAGAAUUGUUACUACUUCCUAUAUUUAUUACCUACUCAGUAAAGGAAUGUAUUAUGUAUAACCUACUGUUAGAGUUAUCUCCCACUUUAUAAAGGAAGUAGAUUUGAAGCCAAAGUUUCUGUGAUCGAGACAGACUACUUCACUCAAGACAUAACUAAGACGAAGCAAUUGAAACUUUACCAUAGAGAGUAUGAUGUUUGAAUGAGAUUGAGUGACGACAUACAGUAACACUCUCUGUGUUAGGUAUAUCCAACAUGAAACUGAAUAAGUGCUGUUUAAUUCACUUACACAGUUUUUGAUUGGGACACAAGAUUCUUGCCAUUUAUUAUGUUUCAAAGCUUUAAAAUUUAAGAAUCUUGCCAUGUUUAAUAGUUAAAGUAGGCCAAUUUUUGGUAACCAUUUGAUACUGUCAGACUUAACAUAACAAGCAGCUGAUGUGAUUGAGCCUGACCUUGUAUAAUACAUAUAAUUACCACCUGUAGAUGUAAGUGUCCAGCCAUGCCUGUCCAAAUGACUUCCUAAUUUUAUGGUUUCCCCAUAGAACUAAGUCUAUACAUGUAUAUGUAAGGAACUACUUUAAAAUUAGUACCUGAGAAAAGACACAACUUUUUUAACUGCUUUUUUUAUUUUAUAGUAGAAUUUGUAUUAUACACUUUGAGCCUGAUAUAUCAUCACAAGUCUGAUACAAGAAUACUGAUAAUAAAAUUUUGCUGUAUUUCCUGGGAUGUUUUAAACAGGUUGUAAGUAACUACAGAUAUACUAGGACAUAAUUACCAGGUUAAAAGUAACUACAGAUAUACUAGGACAUUAUUACCAGGUUAAAAGUAACUACAGAUAUACUAGGACAUUAUUACCAGGUUAAAAGUAACUACAGAUAUACUAGGACAUUAUUACCAGGUUAAAAGUAACUACAGAUAUACUAGGACAUCAUUACCAGGUUGUAAGUAACUACAGAUAUACUAGGACAUCAUUACCAGGUUGUAAGUAACUACAGAUAUACUAGGACAUCAUUACCAGGUUAAAAGUAACAACAGAUAUACAAGGACAUCAUUACCAGGUUAUAAAUAACUACAGAUAUACUAGGACAUCAUUACCAGGUUAAAAGUAACAACAGAUAUACAAGGACAUCAUUAUCAGGUUUUAAGUUACUACAGAUAUACUAAGACAUUAUUACCAGGUUAAAAGUAACUACAGAUAUACUAGGACAUUACCAGGUUAAAAGUAACUAUAGAUAUACUAGGACAUCAUUACCAGGUUAAAAGUAACUGCAGUUGUCUGGGGUUGUUAUAACCAUAUGAUGAAAACAGCAUAUAUCCUUGGAUUAGAUAACCAGGUUAGUGUAACUAUAAAUAUCCUGGACUGUUAUUUCUAGGUUCUCAGUACCUGUAUAUGUUACAGCCCAUUAUAACCAGGUAAUAAGUAACUACAGAUAUUCAAUAACCUUAUAACCAGGUUAGUGUAACUAUAUAUAUCCUGGACUGUUAUUUCUAGGUUCUCCGUACCUGUAUAUGUCACAGCCCAUUAUAACCAGGUAAUAAGUAACUACAGAUAUUCAAUAACCUUAUAACCAGGUUAGUGUAACUAUAUAUAUAUCCUGGACUGUUAUUCCCAGUUUCUCAGCAUCUCUGUGUCCUGCCCAGUUAUAACCAGGUUAUAAAUACCGGGUAAUUACAGGUAUUGAUUAUAAAUGUGACAUGUACGCGGGAAGCAAUUUUGUUUGUAUUUUAAGAUGAUUAUCUUGUGAUGGUCAUUACAGUUUUCUUAAAAGCUUUUUUUUGAUGGAUUAAUCCAGAAGGUUAAUUUCUCCAUUACAACAAUAUCCAUCUAGUCCAAACUAUUUAGGCAAGGGAUGAUAAAUAUAGUCAAAGGAAUCUGCAGAACCAUUGGGGAAAUCCAUGUAAGACUAAUGUCAUGUAUGUAACAAACACUGUGGUGAUAUAUAUACCAGUAUAUAAAGAGAGGUAUUUGAUAUUUAUUUAAGGAGCCCUCAUUCAUCAACUCUUCAAAUGUUCUUAAUCAAAACAUUGUAUUCAUUGUUAUGAAUGUAUGUGUUUAUAUGUUUUUAUGAUUUGUUACAAAGCUUUGCUAUUUUCAUGUUUCAUCCCACUGUUCUUAUUCUCUUCUGUGUUCAACAUCAGCUUCCCUAUUAACUGACUUCAUAAAGUCCAGUUUGUGUAUUAUAUAGCUGUACACACCAGGUGGUCUUUGUUAUAGCCUGGCUUUAUACAGACCAGCACUGGUAUGAUACAGCCAUACUUUUUAGACCAGUUGAUGUAUGUUACAGCCAGGCUUUGUAGACCAGUUGAUGUAUGAUACAGCCAGGCUUUGUAGACCAGCUGAUGUAUGUUACAGCCAGGUUUUGUAAACCAGUCGAUGUAUGUUACAGCCAGGCUUGGUAGACCAGCUGAUGUAUGUUACAGCCAGGUUUUGUAAACCAGUCGAUGUAUGUUACAGCCAGGCUUGGUAGACCAGCGAGUGUAUGAUACAGCUAGGUUUUGUAGACCAGCUGAUGUAUGUUAAAUCCAGGAUUUGUAGACUAGCAGGUGCAUGAUUUAGCCUGGCUUUGUAAACCAGCUGAUGUAAUAUACAGCUAGGUCUUGUAGACCAGCUGGUGUAUGAUACAGCUAGGUCUUGUAGACCAGCUGAUGUAUGAUACAGCUAGGUUUUGUAGACCAGUGGGUGUAUAAUAUAGCCUGGCUUUGUAGACCAGCUGAUGUAUGUUACAGCCAGGCUUUGUAGAUCAGCGGGUGUAUGUUGCAGCCAGGCUUUGUAGACCAGCUGAUGUAUAAUACAGCCAUGUUUUGUAGACCAGCUGAUGUAUGUUACAGCCAGGCUUUGUAGACCAGCGGGUGUAUGUUACAGCCAGGAUUUGUAGACCAGCGGGUGUAUGAUACAGCCAUGUUUUGAAGACCAGCUGGUGUAUGUCAUCAUGUGUUGUAAACCAGCUGGUGUAUGUUACAGCCUGGCUUUAAUUAUUGCCUCUGUAAUAUAUUAAAUUAUAGAUGUAGUUACUGAUCAAAACUUAGUAGUGUUUGAGGUUUUGUGACUAAUCCUAUUUAUUACUGAUGUUUGAUUUCAGGUUGUUUAUUUGUUAUACUUCUGUUUAUUAUGAAACUUUAUUGAUUUUUUUUGCCUUUAAAUAAAACAUUUGGACCAAGUUUUAA